AUGACCACCCUGUUAGCCAAAAAGACGAAAGCCAAGGUGGUAGAGGCAUUUGAGGGUGGUGAUGUGGUUGCCUUGAGUGGGCUCCGGAAGAAAGCAAUAACUCUGCUGGAAGAGACAGACAAACGGUACCUGGGCAAGGCAACCUCUCGUAAAGACCUGCUAAAGGAGAUCGAAGGUUCUGGAGAGGAUGAGGACGUGGACAAUGAUGAUGAAAACGAGGAGAAAGCUGAAGAUGACAAUGUUGAUGAUGCUGAUCUGGAGGAUGGAGAGGCUGAAGAUGGAGAGGAUGAUGAUGAUGAAGAGAUUGAGAGUGACACUGCUAAGAAGAAAAGCUUGGUAUCUAAGCGGAAGGAGACAGACAUCACACUUCCCUCAGAGACAGACUUACAUAAGCUAACAGAGGGGAUGGAUCACUUUGGAGAGAGCGAAGAGGAGGAUGAUGAUGAAGAAAGUGGCGAUGAGGAUGGAGAGAACGAGGAAGAUGAGGAUGAAGAGAUGGAGGAUGAAGCUGACGAUUUGGGAGCUGUGAUGAUAUUCUCUUAAGAGAAGGUGGAUGAAGAGGCGGAGAAAGGGAAAGCUUGGAAAGAUCUACUUGCUCUUUGGGACCAGCUACUUGAGGGGCAAAUUAAAAUGCAGAAAGCUCUUCUGACAGCCAAUAAGCUGCCACAACCACAUACCUUCCCAUAGUUCAAGAAGAGGGGUGGAGCAGAGUUUGCUGGAGCGUUGAAGAAUAGUCACAAAGCCCUGAACGCUCUCCAGUCUCCACUGGAGCUACAGGACCAACUGCUCCAUCAGAACCCAGACACUAGGCCCAUCUCCCUGGGCAAGACCUGGGGAGCACACAGAAACAUCCUCACCCAGGUGGAACAGGUGCUGAUGGACAAGAAGAGCCUGCUUAGACACACCCAGACCAGACGCUCAGAGUACGGAGUCCUGGGCAAGCUAGAGGCCACAGCCCCCCUACCUGAGACCACCACUGCAGAGGGAUAUAGGAUGGGUAACUUUUUGCGAAAGCAGCCUGAGAGUGGGACAGAGCAGCUGCUGAAAGCUAACACACGUCUGAAAGACCUGGACGAGGAGAUCUUUGAUGAUGAUGAUUUCUUUCACAAGCUUCUGCGGGUGCUUAUUGAACACAAGACAAGUGCUGCAGACCCCAACGACCAGGUGGCUAUGGGGAGACAAUGGCUAGCCAUUCAGAAGCUUCGCAAUAAGUUCGAAAAGAAAGUGGCCAACAAGGCAAGCAAGCGCCGCAAAGUCAGUUGAAUGGAGGGAACAGCGAAGGUAUAUAGUGAGGAAAUAUUGAUUCACUAGAAUAUUUCCUUUUCUCCACAUUAAAACUCUGACAAUAAUUGAGUGCCCUUGUUUCCAUGUACGUCUUGUUCCA